CGCACCGACCCAGUGCGGAAAACUCGGGGUUGUGAGCCUGGACAGAUUUUUAAGCAAGUAAAUCUGAGGUCCUUGUAGGGCUUAUUCUCUAAGCCUUCUUCAAAGAUUGGGAGGCAAAAGAUUUGGCGUUUCCUAGCGCUAUCGGAGGCUCAGAGUGGUAGUAUUUCCUGGGAGAGCAUGGCGGAAAGUGCAAUGGAGGCUAGAAGGGAGCGCUUUCUUAGACAAAGGCAAGUCCUGUUUCUCUUUGUUUUUUUGGGUGGGUCUCUGGCUGGGUCUGAGUCGAGACGCUACUCUGUAGCUGAGGAAAAAGAGAGGGGCUUUUUAAUAGCCAACUUAGCGAAAGACCUAGGGUUGGGGGCAGGCGAACUGGCCGCGAGGGGGGCCCAAGUUGUGUGUAAAGGGAGCAAGCAGCAUUUUCAGCUCAACCAUCAGACUGGCGAUUUGCUCCUGCAUGAGAAAUUGGACCGGGAGGAGCUAUGCGGCUUCACAGAGCCAUGCAUACUGCAUUUUCAGAUAUUACUGCAAAACCCUUUGCAGUUUAUUACAAAUGAGCUCCAGGUCAUAGAUGUAAAUGACCAUUCUCCAAUAUUCUUUGAAAAUGAAAUGCAGCUCGAACUCCUCGAAAGCACUCCACCAGGAACAGUAAUUCCUUUGGGAAAUGCUGAGGACUUGGAUGUGGGAAGAAACAGUCUCCAAAACUACACUAUCACUCCUAAUUCACAUUUCCACGUUCUCACACGCAGUCGUAGGGAUGGAAGAAAGUACCCAGAACUAGUGUUGGAUAAAGCUUUGGACCGCGAGGAGCAGCCGGAGCUCACUUUGAUGCUCACGGCUCUGGAUGGCGGCUCCCCACACCGGUCUGGGAUCGCCCAGAUCCGCAUCCUGGUCUUAGACAUAAAUGACAACGCCCCAGAAUUUACGCUGUCCGUCUAUGAGGUUCAAAUUCCAGAGAGCACCCCCGUUAACUCUGUUAUUGUCACCGUCUCGGCCUCGGAUUUAGAUACGGGAAAUUUUGGAACAAUAUCAUAUGCGUUUUUUCAUGCUUCUGAAGAAAUUCGCAAAACUUUUAAACUAAAUCAGAUUAUUGGGGAUAUCCAACUAGUCAAAUGUUUGAAUUUUGAGGCGAUUAAUACUUAUGAGGUCGACAUAGAAGCCAAGGAUGGUGGAGGCCUUUCGGGAAAAUCAACAGUGAUAAUUCAAGUGGUUGAUGUGAACGACAACCCACCUGAACUGACCUUGUCCUCAAUUACCAGCCCUAUCCCUGAGAAUUCGCCAGAGACUGUGGUGGCCAUUUUCAGUGUUUCUGAUCUAGACUCUGGAGACAAUGGGAGAAUGAUGUGUUCCAUAGAGAACGAUCUCCCCUUUGUCCUGAAACCAUCUGAAGGGAAUUUUUAUACCCUGGUGUCGAAAGGAGCGUUGGACAGAGAGAGCCAAGCCGAGUACAACAUCACCAUCACUGUCACCGACCUGGGGACACCCAGGCUGAAGAGGCAGCACAGCAUCUCCGUGCAGGUGGCCGACGUCAACGACAACGCCCCGGCCUUCAGCCAAAGCGCCUACACCCUGUGGGUCCGCGAGAACAACAGCCCCGCCCUGCACAUCGGCAGCGUGAGCGCCACCGACCCGGACUCGGGCGCCAACGCGCGGGUCACCUACUCGCUGCUGCCGCCCGGCGACGCGCGCCUGCCGCUGGCCUCGCUGGUGUCCAUCAACGCGGACACCGGGCAGCUGUUCGCGCUGAGGCCCCUGGAUUUCGAGGCGCUGCGCGCCUUCGAGUUCGGCGUGGGCGCGGCCGACGGCGGCUCGCCGGCGCUGAGCAGCCGGGCGCUGGUGCGCGUGCAGGUGCUGGACGCCAACGACAACGCGCCCGUCGUGCUGUACCCGCCGCAGAACGGCUCUGCGCCCUGCACCGAGCUGGUGCCGCGCGCGGCCGACGCGGGCUACCUGGUGAGCAAGGUGGUGGCGGUGGACGGCGACUCGGGCCAGAACGCCUGGCUGUCGUACCAGCUGCUCAGGGCCACGGAGCCCGGGCUGUUCGGCGUGUGGGCGCCCAGCGGCGAGGUGCGCACGGCCCGGCUGCUGAGCGAGCGCGACGCGCCCAGGCACAGGCUGGCGGUGCUGGUGCGCGACCACGGCGAGCCGCCGCUGUCGGCCACCGUCACGCUGCACGUGCUGCUGGUGGACGGCUUCUCGCAGCCCCACCUGCCGCGGGCCGAGGCGGCGGCCGAGCAGGCGCGGGCCGAGCCGCUCACCGUGUCCUUGGUGGUGGCCCUGGCGGCGGUGUCGUCGCUCUUCCUGCUGUCGGUGCUGGGCGUCGUGGCGGCGCGGCUGUGCGCGAGGGCCCGGGCCGCGUCCGCGGGUGGCUGCUCGGGGCCCGGGGGCAGCUUUGCGGGCCACGUGGUGGACGUGAGCGGCGGCGGGACGCUGUGCCAGGCCUACCGCUAUGAGGUGUGCGUGACGGGAGGCUCGGGGACCGGCGAGUUCAAGUUCCACAAACCAAUUCUCCCCAGUGAUCUGGUUCGAGACACUGAGCAAGUAUAUUAUUAACAGAAUAAUCAAAACGUGGUUGUUUUCCUAUGAAUGUUUUGUUUUUAAAUCAAGAAUCUUUAGUUGAUAUAACACUUCUUUAUAUGUAGAUUUUACUUUCUGUGUUGGUUGGUAAUCCUUGCAUGUUCUUUUUUCAUCUGCAUCCUGUGUUACUAAUGCAGUCUUAAUGCCUCCUAUUCUUCUAAUCGAUGAGCGAGAAUAAAUUAAUCUUUUAAUAAUGA